AGCGGUCCACUACGCGGUGGGUUUGGUUGGAGCCUCACUCCAAUGUCCCAACACAGCCAGCGGACAUUGGUUGUUUGUUCCCAAGUUUCCUCUUUUCCUAUUAAUUGUGAUGGAAACAACAGCACACUCACACUUAACUGCACUCUAAAAUCCCCCCCCCCCCCCCCCUCUCUCUCUCUCUCUCUCUCCGUGUUUCUGUUUCUGUGUGUGGCAAUGGAAAGUGGACUUCCCAUGCUUAAUUGUCUCUUGCAGCACACGCUGAGGAGCCUCUGUUCAUGUUCAGAUUCUUCUUCCAAUUCCUCCAAGUGGGUUUAUGCUGUCUUCUGGAGAACCUUGCCUCGGAACUAUCCUCCUCCAAAGUGGGAUUAUGGAGGGAGUGCCCUUGAUCGAUCCAAAGGAAACAAAAGGAACUGGAUUCUUGUUUGGGAAGAUGGGUUCUGUGAUUUCUAUGAAUGUGAGCGAGCAGGAAGUGGGUACAUUAAGGGGAGGUUUGGAGCUGACAUCUUCUUCAAAAUGUCACAUGAAGUAUAUAAUUACGGAGAAGGAUUGCUUGGGAAAGUUGCAGCAGAUAAUAGUCACAGAUGGAUUUUCAGAGAUACCCCAAAUGAAGGUGAUCCUAACUUCAUUUCCUCUUGGAAUGCAUCCACCGAACCACAACCAAGGGCAUGGGAGUUUCAAUUCCAAUCAGGCAUACAGACAAUUGCCAUCAUUUCUGUUAGAGAAGGCAUAAUUCAACUCGGCUCAUUCGACAAGGUAUUGGAGGAUCUCAAUUUGGUGAUCAGUAUACAGAGGAAAUUCAGCUACCUUCAGAGCAUACCAGGGGUUUUUGCCAUGCAAAGACCGUACCUACCAAUCCAACAUUCCUACAUCUUCAAACCAAAUCCUCAGAUGAUUGGAACUGAAGAUCAAACAGCUUUAUCAGUCUACGAAAAGCGCCAACUGACCGGUGUGAAAAGAUUGUUCAGUGAAGUUCCUGAUGAUUCCCAAAUCAAGUCCAUAAACUUAGGCUGGAACACACCACAAAAUGGAUUAGCAGGAUCACCACCUUGGCCAAUUGCUCCUCUUCUGCCCUCUAUUUCUUGCAGCCUUGGAGCUCUCCUAUCGAAGCUGCCUUCGGUUAAUAUUCCAUCGCAUAAUGCUGCUGAAGCCCCUGACAUGCUUAUGAGCAACAACAGGAACAAUUGUGCAGACCAGAUGCAGAAGGUUAGUGGUGACCUUACGAAAAUAGAGUCAUCCUGUCAUUUAGAUGUAGCUCAUGAAGAAAAGCACAGUUCCGUAAACCCUAAUUUGGGUUUGGAAAAUGGAGGAGGGGUAGACUUAGGAUUCGGACCGGUUCGAAAACAAGAGACUUAAGACUUAGAGUGCUAUAAACUUAAUUAAUUACGAAGCUGG